AUGAAUCCUGAUGUUGCACGUUUGCCCGUAGUUUACGAUGCAAGGAGGUUUUAUGUUGCAACGGUUGGUUUAGGUAGUGAUCAGACAUGGCUUCAGUGUGAAGGUGCCGAUAAAACUUUCAAACAAGAUAUGCCACUUUAUCCUUCCAAAUUGUCAGACUACAUUUCGUGCACCAAAGAUGGUGUGUGCAUUUACGAAGCAAGGUACGGGGGUGGAGCAGUUACAAAUGGUGUUAUUGCUGAAGAAACAUUCACUCUAGGCUCUGAUACUGGUGGCUUUGAAAGUAUCCAAUUACACAUGGGUUGUGGUCUUAUCCAACAGAAUUUCGAAAGAAGUUGGGGUAAUAAUCACCUAUACGGCAAACCUGACCUUAUUGCAGGAAUACUUGGUUUAGGAUCAGGACAAUGGUCUUUUCUAAACCAAUUAGGUGCUACUGGAGAAGAUGCGAUAAUUGGACAAGUAGGCCAAGAAGUACGCAAAACUCCCAUCGUUGUGCCUGAGCUAUUUCAGACGCCGCUCUAUUACUUAAAUCUAGAAGAUAUCAGUGUAGGUAAAACGAAAAUAGGAUUUCCAAGAGGUACUUUCGAGCUUAAAAGCCAAGGAAUUGGCGGUUGCGUCAUAGAUUCUGCUACUCCAAUAUCCAUAAUGUAUAGAGGUCAUUUUGACAAAGUGGCAAAUUUGGUGAAGGCACAUUUUAAUGGGCUUGGAGUUGAAUAUGUUGGAAAACGAUUGAGUUAUGAAGUUUGCUUCCGUCUACCAGGAAAAUUUAAUGUUGCUAACUUUCCUUCGUUAACUCUUCAUUUUCAGAAGGCCGAUUAUGUCAUUUCAGAUUAUAAAGCAAAUUUUGUGGCACUAGAUUUUGAAACUGUUUGUUUAGGCAUUUUACCAAAAGAUGAGGAUACAGGGCCUUUUUUUCUAGGAGCUUUGCAACAAGUUAAUAAACGCAUUUUAUAUAAUGUCAUGGAACAGUCCCUCUCUUUCGCCGAUGAGUAUUGCGAAUUAGGCUCCUGA